AUGCAGCAGCCGAAGCCACAGCACGCCAUUCCCCGAGGAGCCCUGGCUCGGGGAGGCAGAGGCAGAGAACGCCCAACUGGCCCCACGCCCCUUCAGCCACUUCCUGAGGAGCCGUCCCGGUGGAAGUGCCAACUGGAUUGGCAGGCGGCGGCCGUCCAGGGAGGCUCUGGAAGAGACCUGAGCUUUCCACUGAGGGCCUGGAGGCAUGUGAACCCUGGAGGCUGGCUGCUCACCUCACCCCAGAGCUCUGUCCCCAGCCCCAGGGCUCCCGUGCUAGGCCAGUGUUUAAACGGGGGGCAGCUUUUGGUCCCACUCUGCCACCCAGGCCUGGUGGGAUGA